AUGCCAACCAACACCCUCCUCCGAACAACCCGGCUCACCCGCCUAGCCCUCCCCCAAACCCGCCUCCCCUCCAACCGCCUAACCCAACCCCUCCUCAACACAAGCCGAACAUACGCCACAAAAGACCAAACCAGCGACAAAUACCAAGACCGCACCAAGCUCGACCCGCAGCGCUCAGAGGUCACCAAGUCCGGGACCGACGCCGAAGUCGCCAGCCACCCCGCAGCCUUCGACCCCAGCAAGACGUCGCCCGAGAGCGAGAUGAAGGCCACCGAGGAGGAGAGCAAGCAGGCGGGCAAGACGAGCAAUCCGCUGAAUAUGAGCCCGGCGAAUAGUGAGACAAGCGAUUGGCAGAAUCAGGCGGAGCAGGGGGCGACGAGGAAUGAGGAUAGGGAGGGGAGUAGUCAGAGGGGGGCGACGAGGAAGAAUAGGGAGGUUAAUAAUUCGGGGGAGUGGAGGAGGAAGUAUUAA